CCAAAAUACUACCAAAUGCUGCCAAAAUAUUUGUUAAAAAAGUUAUAAAUCCACUCAAAAAUUUGCAAAAUUAGAACAAAGCAACAAAUAUAGAGUACUUAUUUUUAUAAAAAAACAAAAGUGCAAUUGUAAAGUCCAAACAGGAUGGCAGUACCUGCAUAGAUAAGAAAUAAACUUUAUAUACCUUGAAAAUUAAUAAUAUGUGGGUUUUUGGGUAUGGUUCCUUAAUUUGGAAAGCGGACUUCAAGUAUGAGACUAAGCUAGUAGGCUAUAUUUCAGGGUAUAAAAGAAGAUUUUAUCAACAUAGUGUCGAUCACAGAGGUGUCCCCGAAAAACCUGGUAGAGUAGUUACUUUAAUACCCAGCAAGUUUCCUAAUAGCACUGUGUGGGGUGUAGCAUACAGGAUUAGAGCAGAAGAUGUAGAUGAAGUAACCAAACAUUUAGAUUUUAGAGAAAAGAAUGGUUAUUCUAAGAAAACUGUCACAUUCCAUCCAAAUAAUAGCGAAUAUUUACCAUUUCCAUUGACUUUGUAUGUUGCAGUAGAGGAGAACGAAUCUUAUGCUGGGCCAGCAGCAAUAGAAGACAUAGCACAACAAGUUGUUACAUCUAUUGGUCCCAGUGGUUCAAACAAAGAAUAUGUGUACAACUUGGCUGAAGCAAUGAGACAGUUGGCACCAAAUGCAGAAGAUGAACACUUAUUUGCUUUGGAAAAGGCGGUGAAAGAGAUAGAUCCAGAUUUAAAGAACCUAAAAAAUUAGAUUUUAUUAAAAUUAAUUCCCUUCCUAAAUAAAAACACAUUUAUUUUUAAUUAUAUUAUAACAAAAUGGGCAUGAACACUGGAUAUAUUGCUAUGUAGAUAUUAUAUAUGUAUUC